AUGGACUGGGUGGCGGCCCUCACCUACGGCCCCGCAUUUGUUCACAGCGCUUUGGCCCAACUGCUUUCCUCCCUGUUCUCUCUACUGCGGUUUACUGCAACUCCUCUAGUAUACUUGGGUCAUUGCAUUUUGUAUGUGGCUUUGAUUCCGCUGCGAAUUGUGGCGAAAUUCGAGGCCUUUCUUUCCUUUGUGACUGGGGCAGUCCUGACCGGGGCUCUCGUGGGUCUGUGCCUGCAUUUUACCGGCAGUGCCGUGUCGCAGUUACUGCGGAUCAAGGAUACCAGACCACGCGUCCAGGUCAACUCAGCAGACUCCACCGGAGAUCCACCAUUCGACUAUUUAGAAUCGAAGGUGGAGGAUCGGAAUCUUGUUUCGGAUACCAUUGUGGAAGAGGAAGAGACCAGCCAGGAUUCAGGGUGA